GAAUGUACAAAUGAGGAGGUCGAUCGAGAACUAUUUGCAACGACUAGUCGACUGUAGUUCUAGACACAUUCUUUUCACUCCAGUAAUCAAGUCUUCUGAGCUUUCACUGUUCUCCUCUCAGUCAGAGUCUUGAAUUUGUUUUCUGCUUGUGUGUGAUGUCUAUUUUCUUCCAUGAUUUCUUCAUGCAAUGUACAUGUGUGAAAAUAUUUUUCAAAAUACAGUAGAUAUAGAUGUUCUACCGUAUACGCGUAGAAGUUUACAAGUGAACUGACUCUAGUUAGUAGUACAUGUACUGGGAUAAGCCAUGGAUAACAGACUGACAGUCAAGGUAAUUGCUGAUGCGUGUAAUGGUGAUACGUGACAUAUGCAACUCGUGAAGGACCUGGAACUGCCCUCUGGACUGGACAUCUACAAGUAUCUGCAUGACUGAUUGUACUGCAUAGCUGGUAAGCAACUGGCUGUUGUUCUGCAGACGUGCACAGUAGUAUAGAAGUAGCAGCACCUGCUGAGAAACUAAGUACUUGCUAGACGUGGGUUGGGUAGCAUCUCAUCGCUGGCAGUGACCCAGUGCUGUGUACAAGGCAGCACGUGUAAGCUGCUGUUAGCAUAAAGACCUGCAGGACUGCCCAACACCACAAUGGCCGUUGUCCUGUGGAAGUACUCAAACCCGUACGCAGCUCGUUCCGAGCAGCCAACGCGCCAGUUCACCUUCAAAGGACACCGAGUGGACAUUGCCCAGAACCUGGGCGUGAAAGUAGAUGCACAUCACAACACAUCGGAGAAGCUGUGGGACGGAUCGUUUCUGCUCGCCAGCUUCCUGGAGAGUGCAUACUUCCGGCCGGGAUUCUGGCAUGGGAAGCGGUGUGUUGAGCUCGGUUGUGGUACUGGGUUAGUGGGCAUUGUGGCGUGGCUGCACGGCGCACGAGUCGCGCUUACCGACCAAGAAGCGGCGCUGGAGAGAGCACGCCAGAACGUGACGGCCAACGUGGGCCGUGUGAGUGCGGCCGAUGACACACUCUCGCCGUCCAACAUCACCGUCGAGCCGUUGGACUGGUGCAAGGUGCAGACCAAGUGCGUCACUUCCUGUGAGGAGAAGAAGUAUGAUGUCAUCCUCGGCUCCGAAGUAGUUUAUCUUCCUGAGAUGUCAGUCCAUCUUCUUGCCACCAUAGAGAGACUUUCAAAACCCGGCACAGACAUUUUCAUUUGUUACAAAGAGCGUGGCCUUGGUGAGGAUAACUUCUGGAAGAUGUUGGCCGAGAAAGGAGUCACUGUUGAAACUAUGCCAUCCAAAUAUUUCCCAGAGGACUUCGCACAUUCUUCAUAUAGGAUUUUGAAGUUUCAACUUGCGAACACAUGCUGAGCAAGGCAGGAAAGAAGAUAAUUUGUUUGGAACCCUUGGCUUGGGUCGGUCAGGAGUUUGUUGUGUGGUGUGCCAUUACACCAGGUCACAUAGUCCUCUGCGUAAAAGCUCUCUCUCUCUCUCUGUCUCUGUCUCUCUCUCUCUCUCUCUCUGUCUCUCUCUCUCUCUCUCUGUCUCUCUCUGUCAGGAUUACUGGCAAAUUAACCCCCUCAACCCAAUAACUCAAUAGAAAUAGAUGGCCUCGAAAACGUUCAAGGAACGUACAUGUAAAUGACAAGUAGUUUUGCUCAUGGUUUGGAGUGCGCAACUUGCCCUAUUCAUUGCGUUAAUUACAUAGCUCUCUUCGCCCUAUUACUAGAGCAUCUCUGUUAAAUUAGGUAAUAGACCGCAAUCCAGUGAGGUGCGAUCAGAGUAAUUAUUUUUACACUUCCCAGUACAAACCAGAACUGGUUUCAAUCUGAAUUGAUUGCAUGUCCCAGGAAUGGAUAAACUGUCAGCACCCAAUCACA